UAAUGUCAUCAUUGAGAUUGACUCAGAUGAGUUCAUUGUCGUCCCAUCUCGUCUGCUCUCACAUGUCCUGGAGUCUGACAUUAACACAACACAGGUGAAAUGGAUAGACUCCAUGAGUGACCCCUCAGAGGACUUUAGGAAGGAAAAGUCGAUUCCAACAGAUUGUGCUGGAUAAGGCUUUGAAUUCUGGCUGUGCGUCAGUGCUGUAUAUAUCUGAUGAUGACAGGAUGGUGUUUCCCAGAAUGCACUUUGACCCAGUGGAUCAUAAAUACAUUUACAUUGCUUUGAGAAAUCAAAUAAGCCGUGUGGCAGUAACUCAGUGUGGUCUGUACAGCACUUUGAGAGACUGCAGAGCUGCUCUGGAUCCUUCCUGUGGCUGGUGUGUGGCUACACACAAGUGCUGUACUUUGGAUGAGUGUUCAAAGUCUACUUGGAUCUCUAUUCCUGAAGAUUCUUUUCAGAAAGAGCUGAUCUCCUUUCAGGUGGCAAAGGCCUCCACAGAGGUCACUCUGAAUCUUCACUUGCGUGUGCAAGGAACAGAAAAGCUUUCCUUUGCAUGUACCUUCAAGGCAGGAAACGUAAAUCUGUUUAAAAGCACUGCUGUAUCCUUCCCAAACUGUUCUUGCAGUUUGUCCAGCCAUCACCUACCUCCUGAAGGACUCAGAGUCACAGUGACUGUUACUAUUGAAGAUCAGAAAAUCACAGAGACCCUGAAACUGAGGAGCUGUCCAGACAUCACAGAGACAUCACCAUAUGCUCAGUGUGUAGCGUGUGUCUCAGCUGGGUGUCAGUGGUCCGUGAGUAGUAAGAAGUGCAGCUGGACUACUGGGUCUGCAACACAGGUAGCACGCUUAUACAGCAUACAGGAUGCAUGUGAAGGAUUAUAUUCUGAAAAAUACACACCAGAGAUCAUCUCUCUGCAGCCCAAUCAAGUCUCCUUUCAUGGUAAAAACAAUGCAAUAAUACAGGGGAAUAAUCUGGAACAGGUCAUGAAAAUUCGCUUCCAGGGAUUCAUGGAGUGCACUACAAAGGAGACUCCAGUGUUGGAGCGUUCCAGUGACACUCUGAAGUUCAGUGUUCCAAGUGGAAACAAAGGAAACACAAGGGUUUGUCUGGUGACAGCAGAUGGUCGUUGUCAUAGCAAUGCCACCAUCACAUAUGGGUCCCAUCCGACCUGCAUUGGACUGCAGCCUAGAAACACCUGGGCCAGUGGGGGGAGGAAGAUUGAAGUGCUGGGGAACAAUCUGAAAUACAUGGAUAAAAUCAUAGUAAAUAAUAAAGAAUUGAAUGUCGAGUCAAGCACUGUGGGUGUCUGGUUUCAUUCUCCUCCUCUCCUCCGCUCUGGGCCGUUCAGUGUCUCUCUCAGAGUGGGGAGCUCAACAGUGGACUGUGUAGAUAAACUCUCUUACCUCCCAAAUCCAGAAUUCCUCAGCUUCUCUGCUGCUCAGGAUGUCAGUUAUGUGCUUGUUUUAAUUAAUAAAAAGCAGGACAGGUUGAACAUGCGUGUGGAGGAUGUGAAGGUGUGGGGAUUGCAGGAAGAGAAGGAGUUUGAAUGUAUCAUAGAUAAAAUCAUGUCUGUUGCUCUCAUUUGUAAAAUUUUGGGAACGCCGGAUGUCAAAAUACAAGUGGAGUCACUCAGGAUAAGCAUUGGUGACUUUUCUACAAUUUUAGAAUUGGAUGGGAGACACACAAACAGUUUCUUCUGUGUGCAAGAUUCACCAUGAAUUCCUGUAUCCUAUAAGAAAGUGGUCCCAAUUCUCUCUUUUGACUUUGAUCAUUAUGCUUUUAGCAGUUAUUAUUCAUAAU